UUGACACUGAGUCCUCGUAUUAUUUUCCUAAAAUUUGACAGUUCGAGUUUGUUAUUCGACGAGAGAAGCCGGUAUCGACUGGUACUCUGAGAAGUGUUGUCGAGUUGCAACAGCAAGACUGCAAGAAUCACGAUUUCAUACUAGUGUAUACUUAAGCUGAGUGGGUGGAUUCCUCAUUGUGCAGCUUAUUAACAGUACAGAUUCUAGUUCUCUACAAGGUCUUCAAUUUUGAAAACUUGGAUCGUUUGGAGAAAUACCGUCAUGUGUCGCCCAGAAACCCGGCACACACCUGUUGGGUGGUUGUACUUCCUGGCAGUGAUAUGCGUGACAGCACCGUUCGUCGUAUCCCAUGAAGCGGAAAUGCAUGGCUGGGAUUCUUCGCAAGGAAAGAGAGCCGAUGCCCUUGAUUCUCUGUUUUCAAAUUUAGAAAUUGAAAAGCUUCAAGCGCUUCUUAAAAACAUCCCACCUGCUGAGCUGCGGAAAGUGGCCAGCCAAGUUGUUGGCGACAUCAGUGCAAGCCAACCCACAGAGCUGGAAAAGAGAAGAUCUAUUCUUAAGGCAAUCAAGGAAAAGGGUCUGCUUGAAUCUUGGAAGGAAGAUCUAGAAAGCUUAAUUUUCGACGACAACGCCCUUCCAACAGAUGACUCUGAUGACAAGGCAAAGAAGUUCCAGAAUAACUUGAAAUGCAACGAGAAACAUGGAGAUGGGCCUUCCGUUCCUCAUGAACACCACCAUGACAUGCCAGAAGGUCCUAUGUCGAAAAAUAUUAAAGAAUCCGUCGAUCAGUUAUUAGGCCUUUCAGAAUCCAAUGGAACACCCUCCUCUAGCAACCAGGAACAUAUUCUUAGAAAUGAUGCGGAAUAUCUGUUACAAGUGGCAGAGGAUGAACUUGAUGAACCAGAAGAGAAGCUUCUGCCUCCGAAACACGAUCCUAAACCUUAUCAAACCAGCAAGAAAUCCUCUUCUUCAGAAAAAAGAAAAGAAUCCAACAAGAAACCAUACAAGAAGGAAGAACCACUUGACGCCCUGGUUGGCAUGGCCAAAAAGUUGUUGGGACAGGAAGGAAAUAAUCCAACUCUAGACAUCGUUGCAAACAUGGCAUCUGCAUACAUUAAGAAUAUGGACAACUCUGGGAAAAAGAAGAAUGCAAAUAGUGGUCCUGAUCUGAGUGCGAUGCUGCAAAUGGCCUCUCUUUUCAGCGGUGGUAAUGCCGGUCAAGACAAUCCUCUGCAAUCCAUUAUGUCUUUAUUAGGUAACUCAGGCAUGGACAUGAACCAGCUUCUUCAAAUGGGCUCGGCAUUUAUGGGAAAUGGCUUGGAGGCUCCAGCUAGCCGAAAAAGCAAGUCUUCCAAUCCCUUUGCAGAAAUGCUCAUUCGCAUCGUAGCUAACUUUCUCAACAUGGAUUCUGUCGUUUUGCUGGAUUACUACACCGGAUUGACUAAAUUGACUGAAGCCAAAAGCUGGAAUGAAAUCAACGCUAUUCUACGUAAAACCACUGGAAUGGAUGUUGAAACCACAUUGGAUUUGUUGAUGAAUGACGAUGUCCGCCAACAGUUGUCUGACAGCGCCACAUCUUCAUUGGCACACUGGCUCCAAGAAUUCUUGGACCCUGACAGUUUCCAGAGUAAAAUCACCUAUCUCAAUGCCUUUGCGUUCCAGAACAAGUAUCCACUUGUUGAUUCCAAGAAUUUCGUCGAAUCACUAUCUGUGUUAGUGGAACGGCUUUCUGAAGAUUACUUAAACGCCAAGAUCAAUUUGAGACCGUACUUGAAGCAAUCUGAAAAGCAAAUCAAUGCCUUGUUGCACGUUGACGGAUCCGAACGCUUGGACUUCCGCAAACUAAGCGAAAAUGAAUUAGCUUUGAUCAUCCGAAAUACGAUGAAAAACGAAGUAUUUGAUCCUCUAGCGGAACUUUGGACUGACUUCAGGUAUGCAACACGUUUUCCAAAAUGCGCUCGCACCAUUGUUUGCCUACGAAAUGCUCCAUCAAACUCUGCCCGAAGUUCGCAGGGGCUUAAACAAGGAGUCACUCGUGCUAUGAGUACCGUUGUUGUCUGGGCGCUGAGCAAAACCAACAACAGGGGUAUGCCACCAUUUGAUGUUCUGUACAAAGCCGCGUUUGAUGGUACUACAGAUUGCGAGACCAAAUAUCGAGAAAACUGUAAUCAGAUUCUGAACGGACCUCUUCCGUCUAUGCGGUUGGACUAUGAGCAUCACGAACUUUGAUUCCAUAGUCUUCGUCUGUAAAUUCUCCUACUAUAUGUCUAAUCGUGUCUCGAGUUUUUAGUUUGAUUUUCUUGAUCUAAGAAUUUGUAUUGCUGCUGAUGUUAGUGUUCAUUUAGUCAAGAUUUUGCUAAUAUUAUUUUUAGUUUAGUUCUAACCCUACAAUCUUUUGGAAAUUUACUGGUUAAUAUAUUGCGUGUAAAUUUAGUUUAAUUUUGAACUACACAUGCUGUUUAAACACA